AUGACACUUCUGUGUGGCAUGGGCUGUGUUUGUUUGCCUAGUAACGUCACCGCCCCGAAUUCGCGGUCCUACUUUUUUAGUUGGGAGCUCGAGCGGCGGGGAGAAGUCAUCCAAGAUGCUCUCCCUCGACACCCCGACGCUCCUUCCUCGUAUGCGGCCGCGUUCCGGGUCGUGUUUGAAACAUUGGUGCUGUUAAGGAGAGCAGAAGAUGAAAACUCCGCCGAACGAGGAGCUGAAACCGCCGAAUCGGACUCCAGCAGGAUGUCAACAUCUGGCAUCGGGCUCCUCACCCGGCAGGCCCGUCAGCAGCACCAGCAGCGUCUCUUAGUCAUGAACUUGCAUCUGUUGGCCAACCCUGGAGACUCUCGGCUGCUGCAGCACAGUCUGGACCGUCUUCUCCGCUGGCUGUGCCCGAGUCUUCACAUCUUCCACGUGUCCGAGAGGGCCUCGCCUCAUAGAGGCUGUGUUCGCACCUGUCCUGCAGCUGGCUCGCCGUCUGUGGCCAUCACCUUCUUCCUCCAUGAGGCGUACGGAGAGGAACGCAUCCUCAAAGUCCUGGACUUCUUCCAGCGGCCACCCUGGCAGUAUCAUCACGCCGAGAGCGGCGGGACAGACGGCUCGCCUGUCCAAGCCCCGCUGCGGCCCUACCUGCUGCCCGGCCGGGACUUCUACAGCCUGGGUGCGGGGAUGCCCGUGUGGGGGGUCCGGCCCGUGCACUGCGGCGGGGAAGUCCUUCGUGUGACGCUGUACAGCGGCUACGACAACUACGAGGACGCCGUGCGCUUCUACGAGACGGUGCUGCAGCAACGAGCCGAGGAGCAGAAGACGGGCUUCUGCUGGUUCACCCUUCAUGCUGAGCCGGGACUCUGCCUGCAGCUGGCACUGAAACAACUGUCAGUGGGCGUGCGAGUGGAGCCGUGUAACUCCACUGUGCUGCAGUUCGGCGUGGAGGAAAUGGGUCAACUGGUCCCUCUGCUGCCCAACCCUUGUACGCCAAUCAGCAGCUCUCGCUGGCAGACGGAAGACUUGGAUGGAAACAAGGUCCUCUUCCAGGUGAAAACCCCAGUUCAGCCUAGGCGACCUUUGACCUGCGCUUUCCCGCUUAGCUGCCCCAGCGUGUCUCCGCGAGCCGUGCAGCUGAAGAGUGCGGGACUCAUCAACCCGAGUCUGUCGCCGAGCAACCUCAUGGCCCCCCCAGCCUGGCAGAACCACAGGCAUGGGCUCCGAGCUGCCAGUGAAUCUGCUCCAGAGAAACUUCACGGCGCCGAGAGCCAAGGAUCAGGAAGUUGCUGCAGCACACCUCCUGGCAGCUCCUGCUACUCCUCGCAGCGCAGCAGCCCCGCCCCCCCACCCGCCUCACACCCGCCAGACUCCCCUCUGCGGCCGUGUCUCACCCGCUCGCUCUCCCACCUGCUGCUGGAGGAGGACGAGGAGGAGGGGGAGACCAACGUGGACACGGGCAUGGCCGUGACCGCCAUACCUCGCUCUUCUUCCACGGAGCUUUUGAACGCCGCCGGGCUCGGUGGAUCCUCCAGGAAGUGGCGUGGAGGCGCACCGGGCUCCUGCUACGCACACGCAGACAGGACCCGGCCGCCGCCGUCUCACAGGAACAUGGCGGAGCAAGUGGAGUUCUUUAUUUGAGACGGCCAGUGAGCAGAAGACGUAAGUAUUCACUCCCUUCGCACUUUUUUUACCGCCUUGCAGUUUUAUCCAACCAUCUUGGACUUAAGUUAAAUUUAAAGUAGCAAUGAUUGUCAAAUACACACAAGUGUAGUGAGAUUUGUCCUCUGUAUUUGACCCAUCCCCUUGUUCACCCCCUGGGAGGUGAGGGGAGUAGUGAGCAGCAGCGGUGGCCACGCCCGGGAAUCAUUUUUGGUGAUUUAACCCCCAAUUCCAACCCUUGAUACUGAGUGCCAAGCAGGGAGGUAAUGGGUCCCAUUUUUAUAGUCUUUGGUAUGACUCGGCCGGGGUUUGAACUCACAACCUACGGAUUUCAAGGCGGACAAUCUUACCACUAGGCCACUGAGCAGGUCAACACAAUGUCAUCCUGCUAACGUCUACCCUUUAAAACAUUUAUCCCAUGACUUCUUUCUCAAUUCAGCUCUUCUUUGUGGGCUUCAAACCUUGUCGUAAGUGGCUGAUAAGGUUUGAUGUGUUGGAGCCUGAUGGGGGUUUUUUUUGCCCGUUUGCUUAAUUCCAAGUGAAAUGGCUGGCAAAAUGUUGAGGGGCGCACCAAAAAAAUCGAUUUACAUCCGUAUCAAAAUUUUUAUUUAUGCCAAUUCAAAAUGGAUUAUCAUUUUUAAAAAUCCAUCCAUCCAUCUACCGCUUGUCCCUUUUGAGGUUGAAAUUGAAGGAACAAAUUUUUUAUUUUUGAAGAAUCAAAUUCUAAAAAAAGACUGUUUUAGGCUGAGACCAUGCAACCAGAUGGAUCUUUUCACACCUGUUUUGAACUAGUUGUAUUAUACUUAUUGUAAUAAAUAACCCAUUGCCAGAAAAUUGUUGACUGGAAUCGUCAUCCCAAGAAUGGUGUCGUGCUGACUAAGAUGAAACAGUGACACAAAGUCCCACGCGUUUGACGCCAUGUUUGUUUACAUUGAGCGCAGGGGAAGUUUACAGAACCCUCACCCACCCACACUUAUUGUAGUGUUUUACCUCCCCACCAAAUCAAAUCCUUUUAUUUUAGUUGAUCAGAUUCACCGAUACUGUAUGAAAAAAAGUGCAGCCAUACAGACCACAGUAUUUCCCACAUUUUGUUACAUUUUUGUUCUCACAAUUCUACACCCAAAAUCCCAUGUUGACAAUGUGAAAAGUUAAAAAAAAAAAAUUGUAUCAUUGAAAAAAGCCUUUUCACAUUGUCAUUAUGGGGUAUUGUGUGUUGAAUUUUGAGGACACAAAUGCAUUCAAUUUUGGAAUAAGGUUGUAAAUAUAAUGGUUAAUUAUCUAAUUUCUAAUAUUUGCCAAUUUUUAUUGUGUGUAUAAUAUUUCAACCCGGACAUGUUCCUCAUGUCUUCAUACUAAAACUACAUGAAUUGUUAUUGAAAAGGAGCCUAAAUGUUUUGCUGCAACAUUUACAGAAAUCCAUCCUGGAGAUUAUUAGAGUUGUUUUAUGUCCAAAUGGUAUUGUUUGUAUAUUUAGAAGUAAUAUUUGUGCAAUUGUAGUUCUGUGGAUAGCAAACUUCUUCACACUAAAAGUUAAAGUAACAAUUCUUCCUGCAGUAUUUGAUGUUGGACAUGCUAAAUGUUCAACUGUGAGACUGAACAAGUGAAUAAAAUGUCUGCCUCGGCCUCCAAAUGUCAAAA